AUGGGUCUUCGUGUAGUUGAUUAUAAAAACAAGAGGAUCUUCACAGCUGAGGAUCUUAUCCAUUCCAUUAACUAUCGUGCCAAGAUCUUCCGUAUUCUAUAUCAAUCAUUCAUCAACAUGUAUCCUCUCGUUACCUUUACUUCUCUCCUUGCCAUCGCUGGCGCCGUCAGUGCUACGCUUGAGCCCGCAAAAAGUAACACCAAGGGCCAAUAUCCCAAGAGCCCAUCAUGCUCUCCUUCCAAGACAUCCAACGCCAUUCAGGCUGCUGAGUGCGCAUACAACACGCGCGUCUCAGGCAAGCAGACCUUUGCCAUUUUCAAGGUUGAUCAUCAGUAUGACAAGAACAACGGUGCUCCUUAUGGUACCUGUGAGGCUUAUGAGUGUGACGCACCUACUUCUGGCGACAUGACUGCCGAUGAAGACUACUGGACUUUCUUCUGGAACAACAAUGGAGAGUCUUCUGGUGUCGGUACUACAUGUAUCAAGGAUCCCAACGAUGGUACUUGCGGUUGCGAGAACUCGGAUGGGACUUUUAUUCCCGGUGGAAGCAACUGUGUAUGA